AUGGCCGAACCAUCCGGCGAAAAGCCCGCCGAAAGACCCGCAACCAACUUCCAGAUAACGAGUGCCCGACUGCAGACGCAGAUCCGCAAGAAGCCACUGUGCGCAUUGCGGGUGUUUUUCUUUGUGCUCCUCUGGACGCUCGCCCUAGCGAACGUGGUGAUUGUCGUCCGGGAGUUCCAGAACUCGCUCCCGUUUGUGAUCGGCCUGGGGCCUCGGCGCCGGAUCGGGAUCGAAGAUUCGCGCCGGCAAGCGUUGCCUGUCAUUAUCGCUCCUUGCAUCACUCUCAUCAUCUUCAUCCCUCUGGCCGUGGGCCUUCCAUUGUUCGGGAUUGCUUCCUUCUUGGCCCGGUAUAUCGUCGAGGCCGUGUGGACUGGCCUGGUAGUAGUCCUCACCGUAGCGGGUGCUGCUUCUCUCUCUCCCCAACCAACUUCACCACUGCUGCCAAUAACGCUUCAAUACGAUCUUUCCGUCACGCUUGGUCUCUCCUUCAUCAUCGUCGUCUUCCUGAGCUUCUACAACAUCCUCCUGCUCUGUCGGCUAAGCUUCCUGCUGGGGCAAGGAGCUCCGAACCUCAUCCAUGCCUCGGUCGCCUCAUUACUGUAUACCCAAGAAAGCAGCGACUCCCCAGACGAGCCGCCGAAGCCCGAGAAGCCCUCCCAACAGGCCUCGGCUGCUGAAAUCGCUCAGGUCGAUCGAAGACUCGAAAACGGCUCUAUCAAGACUCUCAGCUCGGGCUGGGACGACGAGGACGACGAGAAGGGCAAGUCAGCCGCAAAGGGCGAAAGCAGAUUCGCAAAAGCAAAGUCUCUUCUCACCUCGCCCUUAAGACAAUCAACUUCAAAGACAUAG